AUGGUUCUAAGGAUCGGAUACGUUCGAGAACACUUCUGUUCUCCUCUUCUGCAGUUCGAAGCAGAAGACAAGGCUCGACAUUUACUCUCGUCGAGUGCCCCACAAACAUCCAACACAGGUGGUACAGGCCAACUGAUCUCCCGACUCACGAGGGAUGAAAUCGAUAUCGCAAUAGCUCUCACAGAUCCCUUGAUUGCAGGGAUCGCAAAGGGCUCCGAGGCAUACAAGCUCGUAGGGAGUUACGUCACGUCGCCCCUCCGCUGGGCGGUUAUCACAGGACACAAACCCUCAGCAUACAAUCAAAUCUCCGAUCUCCAAGGCAGCACGAUCGGUAUUUCAAGAAAUGGCAGCGGGAGUCAGACGAUGGCGUACGUCAUGGCGUUGCAGAAGCGCUGGCCCACGAGUGAGCUCAAGUUCCAAGUCAAUAACGACAUCCGCGGCCUCAUUAAUUCCGUGAACGACGGAACGACGAGCGCAUUUAUGUGGGAAUGGUUCACCACGAAGCCAUUUGCCGAUGCGGGGGAGUGUCGCUUCAUCGGUCAAGUCCCAACGCCGUGGCCCUCCUGGCUCAUCGCAGCGCACCCGACACGUGGAGAACCAGCCGCAGUACGCACGUUCCUCAACAAUCUCUCGCGUCACGUUCGUGCGUUCGCGUCUGCAGAGGCCCGAGCAGGACCGAGCGUGAAGUUUGUGAUGGACACGUUUGGGUAUCCUGAAACAGACGUCAAGGAGUGGCUCGAUGCUGUGGAGUACCCUGAAGACUGCUCAACGAUACCGUGGAACGUCAUCACCGACACGUUGGGUGUCCUCCAACAAGCCGGCGUGGUGGCCCCAUCUGAAGGAGCCGUUAAGCGGGACCAAUUUGUAAAUCUGGACGUUGUGACGCUCGUUUGA